AUGUUAAAGAUGAUAUUCGUACUGACUGGAAUAACUUCAUCCAUGGUUUUAAAUCCAUCAGGAGUUAACAAAUUAAACAAGAGGAUAGGGUUAAGUAAUGAUAAAAACAUCUCAUCAAACACAGAUAUUGCAACCUGUAAACAGGCAUUUCCAUUUGGUGUUGAAAUCACAUUUGAUUAUGAAGGCAAAACACUUACCAGAUGGGCAAAAAAUAUUUCUGGUCAAUAUAUUUGCGGCUCAGGAGAUAGUUGGUUCCAAUAUACCUCAAAAAGUAAUGAAAAACACUCUGAAGGAGAUCCAUUAGGAGGUUUCCUGGUAUUUAUUAUUAGUGUUAUCAUUUGUAUAGCAUUCACUGGAACUUGGCCAAUUCUGGCUUCAUUAUCAUUAUCCAUUGAUGUUGUAAAAAAGAAACUUGAUACUUUUGCAUCAACAUUGAUGAAUAUGCUCCAAAGAAGUUCUGUUCAACAAACAAUGAAUAUAUUUAAUGCUGUAUAUCUUACCGUCUCUGAAGAUCAGGCGGAAACAUUUGGUCAAAAGGUAUCGCAAAUGGCAAUGAAUGCUGCUGAAGAGAUGGAUAAUACUUUUUUGGAAGAAAGAGAGAAGAUGGACAAAGAAUUGGUCGAAUCUGGAGUCAACAGCGAUAAGCACAGGAAAAUGACUUUGUUUAGUCGGAUCUAUAUGAUUAUUUCGUUUGUACUGAUGUUUUUUGUAUCAUUAGCGGUUGCACAACUCUUUUGCGCAUAUAUGAAAUGGCCAAAUUUAAUUAAGAAAGUUGAAACAUUAAAGUGUUAUCAGCUAAAUACCGAGGAUAUUCCUCUUGGAUUUGAUUAUGAUCCUAAUAUGGAAACAAACAUAUACGCACAAGUAGGAAAUACUACUACAAAUUCAACACAUAAAUCUCAUAAAAAGAUACUCGAAGAUAACUCAGCAAAAUCUCAAUACAGCAAUCUUAACACUGCAUCCUUUUCAAUUACAGAAGAUAAAGCUGUAAUAACUUCUGACUGUGAAGCUUCAUGGGUUAAUCUUGAUGAUAAAUCCAAAUAUGUUGUCCUUCCAAGCACAAAAGUUGUAUGCAAAAAAGUAGAUGCAGUCAAAAUUGCCCUUAGAAGAGCUCGCACACGAGAAAAAUGUGGUGAUUCUUUUGCAUAUAAGAUGCAUGAUAAGGAACCAGCUCCGACUGAUGUAACAUAUAAAUGGACUAAGACAGGAAAAACUCCAAAUGCAUGCAAAAGAGCAUUAUCUAAAUGUGAUAUUGUUUGGGAGGAUACCCUAGGUUUCAAAAAAGAAUCACAAAAUUGGCUUUAUUGCAAUGUAUAUCCUCAAAAAUCAGAAAUGUUAAAAGUAGACUCAGAUGGAACUGUUCUUAGUAAAGUAUCAAAUGAAGAUUUUGAACCAAUUUUAACUGUUGAUCCCAUGGUAUCUAGAGAAUAUGGCUGGUAUACAGACGGAACAAAUGAAAUUAUUGUAGAAACAACAUUUAAUAAAGGAAUAGGCUCGAAUGUUCUAUUUGAAGAUAGAGCUAGACUUUCAAAUGAAGAAAUGGUGAAAAUGUUAGAAAUGAAUCACUAUUUUUCAUCAUCAAAUGCUGGAUGGUCUGCAAAUGAAUAUCUUCCAGGUCCAAAUGUUAAACCAAAUUCAUUUCAGUGUAGAAUGCAGUAUACAUUGAAAAAUAUUCAAAAAUAUAAACAGGUUUCAAAUCCUUGUCAAGAAGUUCAUGCUCAACUUGUUGAUGGAACAAAAACCAGAUUCACAACAACAAGUGAAACAACAUGCUCAUUAUCUAUCGGAUUUGGUAACGAUGAAGAUGAACAAAUUGUUACACUAAAGAAAGAAAAAAGUGCAACAUUUUUAGGGCCAACAAAAUGGAGAUGCAAAUCGUCAUCUAAUGGAAACGGUACAAUGUGUUCAACAGAUACUUCAAUCAAAUUAAUUAACAUAGAUGCAGAAAACGUUAAUGGAUCAAUUCAAGUUGAUGUUACAAAUUCGGGAUUUCAGCCACCGGCACAAGUUGGUGCUGAUCUUGGCUUUGAUCUUGGAUUUGGAUCACUUUUUAAUGGAAUUCAAUUCGGUCAUAUAGCAAUAUACAUAAUAAUUGCCAUUAUCAUUAUAAUAAUACUAGUUAUAUUAAAGAAGAAAAAAGUUUUCCACAAGUUAUGCAAGAAGAUUGAAAAAAGUUCCUCAUCACUAAGUUCAUUAAGACGAGGAAAUACUCGUAGGAAACCAGAACAACCCGAUGUCGAGAUGUAUUCAGAAUAA